CAUUGUAAAAUCCUUCGUUUAGUUUUGGACCAAUACAUCAUCUUCAGUGAACGUACUCUCGAACGUUCUUUAUCUUUCAAUUAUACGUCUGAGUGAACCUCAAAGACGAACGCUUCAAUCCCGAUGAUGAUUGUGACUGUGAGUGCUACUAUCAGGCUACGUGCAUGGCCCAUUCUCAUUCCUGUUCGUAGUGGAACCGUUCAUCUAUUGAUUAUACCAGCACUAGGAACUAGAUCCGAGGUCUUACAGUAUUGGUACCAGUUUCAGAAUUCAUGUACUUCUUCAGCCUCUCUAUACCGAUUCGUUCUUCCCCUAAGCCCCGAGCCAGAACCAGGGCUCACCCCGGUAACAUGAGAAGCGACCGGUUAAGCUUGAAGUGUUCUCGAGAUAAUGCGCAGAUAAUGAAUGUGCAGCUACAAUACCAUAAUAAUCUGCUUGCUUGAUCAAGGAGGAGCACUGGC